GCGCGCGGGGGGCGGCGCCUGAGCCUUGCUGCUGCUGCCUCCAUUCCGCCCUGCGCGCGUCUCCAUCCCCGUCUCCAUCCCCGUCGCCCCAGAGGCCGGAGGGCGCGCAGCAAAGGCCCCCUCGGAGGGGACGCCAGCCUCCCACAAGCAGAGGGAAAAAUCUUCCAGGAGCCAUGACCAAAGACGACUCGACGGACCUCCCUUCGGAGGAGGACCACCAGCCGCUGGAAUUCCAGAGCCCUGUCCUGGAGCGGAGGAAGAAAGCGAUGGUCCACCCUUCUGCCCCAGCCCCACUCCCCAAAGAUUAUGCUUUCACUUUCUUCGACCCAAACGACCCGGCGUGUCAAGAAAUCCUCUACGACCCCAUCACCACCGUCCCGGAGUUGUUUGCCAUCAUCCGCCAGUGGGUACCCCAAGUGCAGCACAAGAUCGAUAUCAUCGGCAGUGAGAUCUUGAAGCGAGGCUGCCACGUCAACGACCGCGAUGGGCUGACAGACAUGACGCUGCUGCAUUACGCCUGCAAGGCUGGUGCCCAUGGUGUCGGUGACCCAGCCGCUGCUGUGCGCCUCUCCAACCAGCUCUUGGCUUUGGGCGCGGAUGUGACCCUGCGCAGCCGUUGGACCAACAUGAACGCCCUGCACUACGCGGCUUACUUUGACGUCCCGGAACUCAUCCGCAUCCUGCUGAAGGCCUCCAAGCCAAAAGUUCUGAAUUCGACGUGUAGCGACUUCAACCACGGAACAGCCCUCCACAUUGCUGCUUCCAACCUGUGCCUUGGGGCCGUGAAAUGUCUCCUGGAACAUGGUGCCAACCCAGCCGUCAGGAACAGCAAAGGUCAGGCGCCGUCUGACGUGGUCCCAGACCCCAUGGACAUGACCUUGGACAAAGCCGAGGCGGCCAUGAUCGCCAAGGAGCUGAAGCAGCUGCUGCUGGACGCUGUGCCCUUGAGCUGCAACCUCCCCAAGGUCACCCUGCCCAACUACGACAACAUCCCGGGCAACCUCAUGCUCAUCUCCCUCGGCCUCAAGCUUGGCGACCGGGUCAUGGUGGACGCGCUGAAGUUGGGCACCUUGCGUUUCUGCGGCACGACGGAAUUUGCCAGCGGCCAGUGGGUGGGCGUGGAGCUGGACGAGCCGGACGGCAAGAACGACGGCAGCGUGGGAGGAAUCCGCUACUUUAUCUGCCCUCCGAAACACGGAGUGUUUGCUUCUGUGUCCAAGAUCACCAAAGCCGCUGAUCAGACGCCUUCGUCGGUGACCUCCACCCCACGAACCCCCCGCAUGGACUUUUCCCGCAUGACCGCAAAGGGCCGGAAGGAAAAAGACAAGGACAAGAAAGCUCUCCGGAAGAAGUCCUUAUCUGUUGGCAGCCUGGACCAUGAAGGACUGAAGAUUGAGAUUGGGGAUCACGUCCUGGUGGCAGGUCAGAAGCAAGGCAUCAUUCGUUUCUACGGGAAGACAGAUUUUGCCCCAGGCUACUGGUUUGGCAUUGAACUUGACAAGCCCACAGGAAAACACGAUGGCUCGGUCUUUGGAGUUCGCUAUUUCACCUGCGCCCCUAAGCAUGGAGUCUUUGCCCCGCCUUCCAGAGUGCAGAGAAUCGGAGGCCCCAAAGAUUCCCAGGGGGAUGGCACUUCGGCAAAGAAAGUCCACCAAGUCACUAUCUCACAGCCAAAGCGCAACUUCACAGCAGUCAGAACCCCAAAAGAUAUCACAUCGGAAAACUCCAUCUCUAGGUUACUUUUCUGCUGUUGGUUUCCGUGGAUGCUCCGUGCAGAAAUGCAGUCGUAAACCUACCUGCGGCUCCCUCUUCCCUUUUCCUCUGCUGUUUCUUCGCUCUCCAAGUAAUCAAAGACUGCUCUUCGGUUAUUUUUUGCCCUCAUCUCUCCUCCCCUGAUUGCCGUUCUAGUGAACCCCAGUGCCUUGUUAAAACAUAUUAACACCACCCCUCUAGUAGUUUGUGAGAAAUGCUAUACUUAUACCUUCCGUCCCCCGUUUCCUGGCACUCACUCCCAUGGGAUUUCGGCUAAAGCAGGUCUCUUCUGGCACCUCUUCGUUUUCCAGCCUAUUAAUUGGCACCUAAAAGCUCACGCAGUUAGUCGGCUCAGACGUCUUUAAAUGGAGGACAGAGCCCUAGGAGAUAAAUCUCUGCCUUCCUCCCCACUCGCCUGGUGCGUGUCGCAAAAGAUCCCAAACCCGCUGAAUUUCUCCUUAUGCCUGCUGGAAAAUCACACGUGCAGAGCAGAUUGCCUUGGUAGAAGCUGAACCCUCUUGCCUGAGACGAGAUUAAUGUUGUCUUCCCUCUGCUAUGCUCCGGUUCUGCCCUCUCCUCAUUCUAGCUUUCCCCUAAAAAGAGGGUGCCCUGGGCAGCCUGGUCCCUUGCGGUGCAGGCCUGUUCAGGGGCUGCUCAGAAGUAAGCCCCAUUGAGUUCACUAUUUGCAGGUAAGUGUGCUGAGCAGGAGCGGCUAACCCAUGGCCUACGGGUAAUAUCCACCUCCCCCAGCAAUUUCUGGUGGCCCCCACAGAGCAACUGGCUUCUUUCCCUCUGCCCCCCAGACAGGCGGGUAGUGCUGAUGAGUCCCAAAAGGCAAAAACCUGCCUUUGAACCCCAGUUGCUGGCAAUUGCAGGUGGGGAAGAGCGUUGCUGUGUUCAUGGCCUGUUUAUGGACUUCACGUCAGGGAAUCUGGUUGGCCCCUGGGGUACCCAGGACGCCCGGGCUCCCUUUUGGCUUGAUCCAGCAGGGCUUCUGAUGCCCUUAUGAGAGCGGGGAGGUUUCCAGCAAGCAGGGAGAGGGGAUAUCACCCCUUUACACCUUUACCCAAAGGGCCCCUUCUCUCUUGGGGCAGCGUCUUCAUCAAGAGGUACCGAAGAGGCUCAGGAAACAGGAGGAAGCCCUCCCAAGACCUCAGAAUGGCACAGAAGCAGUGCAGGAUGGCAGCUCGAAACAGCAAUGAAGCCUUCUCCAAGUCGUCUCCUUCCAGAUGCUUUGGACUACAACUCCCAUCGGCUCCAGCACUGGCCGUAGGACUGCUGUGGCCAAUGGGAGCACAGCUGAGCCCUCUGGGGCUGAUGGGAGUCGUAGGCCAAAAUGUCUGGUGAGUGAAGGCAAGGCAUUCUCGCUGACCCCCUGCACACAGACAGGAGCAGGAGAUAAAGUCCACAGUUUCCAGGGUCCUGACUUGUAGCAUCUGAGCACGCUGACUCCUCGGACAAAUUAGCUUUCUUUGCAGUUGAAGAAUAGCGACCUGUGGGGUGCAGAUGCAAGUCUCAUCUAAAACGUAGUGUGUGUUAGCAGCUGUGCUUAGCAUUCGUGUGAGUUAGCCUACAGCGAAGAGGAAACCACCCAGUGACAGCCUGUGAUGGUUUGUAGUAUGUGUAUCUCUGUGUGUAUAUUGAGCAUAUAUUUCCAGAAGUCACUUUUUCCUAUUAAAAAAAUGGGGGGUGGGGUGGGAGAGAAUAAAGAAAUAUUAUAACUUUCCUUUUGCCAGCCUGGUGCCUUCCAGAUGUUUUUGUUGCGCCGAUGGAAGCUGCCUCCCAAAACAUCUGGAGGGACCCAGGUUUGCAAAAGCUGCUAUAACUCACUGUUACUUCAACUCCAGCGUUCAUUAGCUGCAGCAUGUUAGCUAUUAUAAUCCAUCCCAGUUAACAUUUUUAAACAUACGGCUUUUGCUCAGAGGUCCCUACAUUUUAGCUCACUUGGAAAGGGUUUAAUCGAAAUAUUGGGACAGCAAGAGAGCACAUGGUAUCGGCCUAUCGGAGCAGUUCCUGAAGCUGGCAAGGUGGAGAGUUCCUGGGUUCGAAUAUUGCUGCAGUUAUCAGCAGAACUGAUCAGGAAUCAGGACGAGUGUUAAAAGUGGGAAAGCAAAAUCUUCAAAUCCAGCCACCCUUUGGAAGUUUUGGUAGAGGAAUCUCUGCAUCAGCGCUUUAAACGUUUUGAGAUUGUGGCUGCAAACCCAGAGUCAGAGAGCACGCAGUUAGAAAACAAAGCAGUGUGCAUAAUUUCAUCCCAGACGGAGCUGAGAUUCCCGUUCUUCCUCUCAGCUUGGAGAGGAGUAAGGGCAAGGCCUCCUUUCCCCACCUCCUGAGCAAAUUCCUUCCUCGCUCAUCUCUCUGCAUGGGCUCCCGUUUCCUUCCUUAUCACACCUGCAAGGUUCGUUUGGAGACUGCGGAAAGCAAUCCUGAGAAAAAAACAGGCCAAAGGGCUUUGGGAAGAUGACUACGAAUGCCACAUUCAGAAGUUUUCUGCCUUCAGCCUGUGCAGAAAUGCAACAGGUGCAGCCCCUUUUUUGGGGGGGAGACCAGGCUCCCAGUGAUGAUAACGCCGCACCUGUUGAAUUAGGGCUGCUUGGACAGCCACGUCCGGAGAGGAUGUUUGCAUUCCAGCAUAAAGACUCAAACCUGGAGAAACAUUUGGGGUCUUGAAGAAAGACUGGUAGGCCAAGAUUGCAGUCCACGCCUCUUGUCUUUCACCUUUCCCUCCAUGCUAAAUCCCCCCCCCAUUUUCUCUUUUGUUUCGAGAUGCCAAGGUACCCCCAAUCUUGCGUCAUCCUUUGGCCAUCAGCUUGCCAUCUCUCAGCUGUAAAUACACGACCUCCUCAUCCUUCACUUGUCCUUGUAACUUCCUUAUCACUCUGCAACCCUUCACUGACCAGCAAUAAAUAAACCUUUCAGUUGAUUUCAGCUUUGCGUUUGGCCACUAGGGGAAAUAACCUAGGCGUGUGUCCAUCCACCUCCCUUGUCGGAACCGGGGGUAGUAACUCUCCCGCUGUAGAAAUCGCAGUCGGGAUUGCGUAGUCUUCCCCAAACAUAGCAAUGACAACUUGCCACUGGCGUUACACCGGAUCUCAGUCACAGGCCUUCCCCGUGGCUUCCUGUGAGAUUCCCUUCCUUUUUAUGUAGAAACCACACUGGAUUGUGUUCUUUCUGCCUACAUGUAUAUUCUUUAUUUUUUAAACGAAACAAAUAACUUUGUAAACUGUCGAGUGAGAUGGCUUGCCGUGCCCUCUGCUGAGCUCUCUGUUGAAUCUUGCAUGAUUUCUGUCCUCCCUGACCCCCUCGUCCGCCCAGGCACACUGGAAGAAGGAAAAAAGCGGGGGGCAGGGGCCUUAGCAUGACGAAAAUAUCACUAUGCUAUUGCUUAUCUGUUAUUAACAAAUUAAUAAAAAGUGUUUCUAUGUG